AUGAGUAGCUAUGCUAUUGGAGCUGAGCACCAAUUUGCCAGCAAUUAUGACAAAGUUCAUGCAUACCAUGCUGCUUUACAGCAUAACAAAUCGAACUUUACUGUGAACCACUUAUUGGACUUGGAAGAAAUGCCAAAUGAAAACUGUGCUAUGUUUGCUAAUACUGAUCCAAGACAUGCUCUGGAACAUUCACCAACAUGUUCUCCACCUCUACAUGUAGAUAAAUAUUCUCCUAGUGAUGAUGACGAUAGAAAAGAUGAUCCAGAUGGGAAAAGACGACGAAAGCAGAGACGUAAUAGAACAACUUUCAACAGCACCCAGUUGGCAGCUCUAGAAAGAGUUUUCGAAAGAACACAUUAUCCUGAUGCAUUUGUUCGAGAAGAAUUGGCCAGACGCGUUAGUUUAAGUGAAGCUAGAGUUCAGGUUUGGUUUCAGAAUAGAAGAGCAAAGUUUAGACGAAAUGAACGCAAUAUGAUGUCACAGAGACAAAAUGUAUAUGGUAGAAGUCCGGAAGCGACACCUAUUGAACAACCUAUGACACCACGUCAUGCACCAAUGAAUACAGAUUAUCUGGCCUGGUCAGCGCCCCCUUCAUACAACACGUCUGCUCCCCCUUCUAGUUGUUCAUUGGCUAAUCAGUCAUACACGCCUCCACCAAACGUCGGUUCUAGUAUAGCCUGUUUGCGCCUUAAGGCCCAUGAAUAUAAUUCGGUAAUGCAUCAUCCUUAUGCACCCCCUCAAAUUCCUCAAUGA